CUCCCCCUCGCAUAAACGAUUUUAUGCGGGACUAUAAACAAAUGAGCAAUAACCCUGUUCCCAUUUCUUUGCUCGAUUGGCGCUGGACGGGAUGGCGGCCGUAAUAUCAGAAUUAGUUGCUCGCAGUGAUUCUGAAUCUGUACAGGUGGUGCAGGAGAUCGUGAGAUUAGAAAGAAAGAUUUUCCCCAAGCACGAGUCUCUCGCGAGAUCAUUGCUCGAGGAAGUAAGCAAGAAGAACACUGGUCUGUUAUUCCUCAAGAUAGGAAAAGGAAAAGGAGAGGAAGAAAUCGUGGGGUAUGUCAUGUACUCCUGGAUCUCUUCUCUAUGUGCCUCCAUCACCAAACUCGCGGUGAAGGAAAAUCAUAGAAGGCAGGGUCAUGGAGAAGCUUUGUUGAAAGCAGCUAUGCAAAAAUGUAGAACAAGGAAAAUUCAACGAAUUUGCCUUCAUGUUGAUCCUAUGAGAACUCCUGCAGUUUCCCUCUACAAUAAGAUUGGCUUUCAAAUUGAUGAGUUAAUUGAAUGUUACUAUUCUUCAGACAGAAAUGCUUAUAGGAUGUACUUGGAUUUCGGUGAUUGACGUUAUUCUUAUUUGUGCUUGUAAUGCUAUUAACCUCAACUGUAUUAAUUGACUCAAUUCUUUACUUGAUUGAAUUGGAACAUCAAUUUUUCUUGACAUUGUUUUGAGAAAUAUUAUGGAAAUGCCAACAUUCAAUUUCCC